AUGAGUUGCUAUGACAGCAUUGUUAGUGAUCCACCCGUACGUACGCAGGGUGUGGCCGCAGGCGACACCGGGGAAGUGGCGGUUGCGAGGGCACGAGCUCUUCAGUCUACUGCUCUCACGCUAUUGGUGCGCUGGCACCGGUGUCUCAGACACACGCACACACGCGUGCGCACGGAACCACAAGCACCGGUGCGCACGAGUGGGGUCAUCUUAGUCCUUUUUUGGCUUGUGGGAACAUGGACACAAACUGCACCGACAAUGACUUUGCAGAUGAUCCUUGAGUCCUCUCCUGACCUUUCUAUGUUUUGGGCGCACCUGUUGGACUCGCGAAUAACUGCUAUAAACAAUUCGAAGUGUUCGGACGCGGGUCAGUGCCUCACUGUUCUCGCUCCCAGCAACACCGCUUGGAACCUGCGUGCGGCCAGUCUCUCCUGGCCAACACUCUCAAUUGAAGAGAAGCAGAAAAUUAUCUACGGAAUGUAUCUUGAAAGUCCAAAGUCAGGUUCAAUUCCAACUAAGCUGUCUACGCAGAACUGGCAAACCGGUGGAGUAGCGCUGCCCUUAAUUGAUGUUGGAUUUGGCAAGGGAGCACUUUACAAUGAAAUAGCUGGUCCGCGUUAUGCCUUCUCAUUUUUGGGGGCCCCGGCGGCGUACUUCAUCAACGAUGCUAAAGUGGUGGGAGCAGAUGUAGAUGCAACGAAUGGAAUGAUUCAAAUUAUGGACAGAGUAAUGAACUACCCCUAUGAAUCCAUGGACUUUUUUCAGUACCUAAGCCAGGCUCAAGAUUUAACAAAAAUGCUAACAUUGUGGAACUCUCUUCGGAUAACAGGAACGCCGCUGUACACUCAACUUACUAACCAGAUUUACAUGGGCAAGAGCCUGUACGCGACGUACUUUGCAGUGCCCGAUUCAGUCUGGAAUCAACUUCCACCAAAGACAUAUCAGGACCUUUUGAACAAUGAGACCCUUAUGAUAGAUGUACUGUCUAAUCACUACGCACCAAACCAGCUCUUCUAUCCGCGAUGGGUCGAAAAUUCAAAUGGUCGAACGAUCAACUUCUUUGUCGGUUUUCCGGACAAUCCACUUCCGGAAGCUGUAAACACUGAAGCUCUCACAUCUGGCAAAAUGGCCGGCUCCGCUGACGACGACUCACUGACGAUAACGGUGCAAAGCUCCUAUGCCAAGACGGUGGGGUCAGCCGUGGUGCUGCGGAAUGCUGUGCUCAUACCCGUAUCUGCACCGCUGGGUUACCUGCCUGAAUCCACACAAGAUGCUUUGGCUCGCCUCGCACCGACAUUUCUUCGUGUAUGUACUUUGGAUACCGCGUGCAACGCAAUUUUACAGUCAACUGCAGAAAAGACUGUCUUUGCACCAGUCGACUGGACUUCCUUCAACGCUCUCUCGACAGCUAAUCAGGUAGAGCAUUGUGAACAUGGAAGUGAAUAUUUGAAACUGAUGAUUAUUCCUGAGAGAAUUCUAAGGCCGCAAAUGACUAUGGAUAAAUACGUCACUGUGGGAAGCGUCUCAGAUGCAAUUCGGUUUCGAACAAGAAACAAUGGUAGGUUUUACUCUACUUGUGUACAUCAAUUAAGUGUAAAUGGGUCUCACAAGAAGACCGAAUCGCUAGCAGCUGCCACACUGGACGUGCGUACGCCCGGGAAUUAUGCUUCAACGCAGCCCUGCUACUUAAAGUAG